AUGCUGACGCUGUUUCCGAGUUCAUCAGGAGAGUAUUUGCUCGGUGAUCUUGCUUUCUUGGAGCAUCAACUUCUUUUUAACCUCUGGCAGCACUGGACCGUUUCGCCAAUUAUAACAAUACCUGCUUCAUCCUCUAGCUUAAACACUUCGCAGCAGCAUGUUGAAUCCUGCUUCGAGACGCCAUCCAGUUCUAUUACUUCUACUUCUUCAGCUCAUCACUCUGCCCCCGAUCCCUCACAUGUACCACAUUCUCAUUCAUCAGCUGAAUCAGUUAAACCCUUUGUAUAUCCCGUACAGCUAUCCGAUUUGGUGCGAGGGCCGGCGCUCGAGGCAGUUGGCUGGCCACAAAUAGAUGAGGUGAGUUUCAAUCAUUUCAGCACGAUUAGGCAAUAG